AUGGGCAUCGGAGCAGGAGCAGGCUCUCUGGGUUCUCUCGUGGGCCUUGGAGGAGGGUUCGUCGCAAUACCGUUCCUCACUGGCUGGCUGGGUCUUACGCAGCACCAGGCGCACGGGACUUCUUUGGGUGCGGUGUUUGCUACCGGGGCGGCUGGGUCGACAGCCUACGCGCUGGCCGGUCAUGUCGACUACCAGGCAGCGGGAGCCAUAGCGGUGGCCGGGAUGGCCGCGGCACACGCCGGUGCCCGCUGCACCGCCGGAGUAGACGGAAACUCGCUCAAGAUGGCGCUCGGGGUGCUCAUGCUCGCCGUGGCACCGCUUGUGCCGCUCAGGGACAAGCUUUCGCAUAAUAAAGGUCCCUGUCUCCGCCCCUCCACCGCCGCAGACGACAUAGCCGAGGAUCGAUCUCAAGAACGGUACGAAGAACGGUCCGAAGACCGUUCUUCGGGGGAGGCGACGGGUCUCCUAGACGGAGGAGGCUUGAUACCGAUGGAGGAGGGAGGAGAGGGGACAUCUCCUAGCGUCCCCGGGGUGUCUUCGGAGAGAGUGACGACGAUGCUGGCGAUCGGGGCGGGGAGCGGGUUUCUAGCAGGCGUUUUCGGCGUCGGGGGAGGGGUUCUGACCGUCCCCUCCGUCUCCCUGGCGACUGACUUGGGCCACAAGAAGGCGGUUUUGGUGUUGGGGGAGGGGUUCUGA